GCAAUAUGCAUAUCAAGAGGCAACAACUCGGGCAGGUGGUUAGCCCGCAGCUGAGACUCACGGGCUGGGUCAGCUGCAUGAUGCUGAUGCUCGUGCUGUUGUUUUUGCUGCAACUGCAACCCGCUAGCAGCAAUCGGUACAAUAGCAACAACAACAACAACAAUGGCAACCAAUUGCGGCUCUAUGCCAGCGGCGGCAGCAGCAGCGGCAGCAGCAACAUCAAUGGACAUGGCAAGCCCGCACAUCGUGAGAACAGCAACAACAAUCAGCACAAUGAGGUAUAUCCGAUAGCCGAUAGUCAACCGAUGACGGAUGACUAUAUGGCGCCCUUUCAACUGCCCCACCAAAACCAUCAUGACGAGGUGCAGCCGCAGCCGCAUUUAAGCAGCUGCCAAACGGUAUGCGCCUGCAAGUGGAAAGGCGGCAAACAGACUGUGGAAUGCAUCGAUCGUCUACUCAUCCAAAUACCCGAACAUAUAGAUCCAUCCACCCAGGUGCUGGACAUGUCGGGCAACAAGCUGCAGACGCUCUCGAACGAGCAGUUCGUGCGCGCCAAUCUGCUGAACCUGCAAAAGCUAUAUCUGCGCAACUGCAAGAUCGGCGAGAUCGAGCGCGAGACCUUCAAGGGGCUGACAAAUCUGGUCGAGUUGGAUUUAUCGCAUAAUCUGUUGGUGGUGGUGCCAUCGCUGGCACUCAGCUAUAUCUCGUCGCUGCGCGAACUAACGCUGGCCUCCAACCAUAUACACAAAAUCGAUGCAGAGGCCUUUGCGAGCACACCGGCGCUGCACAAAUUGGACUUGUCCCACUGUGACAUACAGAGCAUAUCGCCGCAGGCCUUUGCAGGACUCCAGGGCCUCACCUUGUUGCGCUUGAAUGGCAAUAAGCUAAGCGAGCUGUUGCCCAAAACCAUAGAGACUUUGAGUCGCCUACAUGGCAUCGAGUUGCACGAUAAUCCUUGGCUAUGCGAUUGUCGACUAAGAGACGCCAAAUUGUGGCUCAUGCAGCGCAACAUACCCUACCCGGUGGCACCUGUAUGCUCGGGUGGCCCCGAGCGCAUCAUCGAUCGCACCUUUGCCGAACUGCAUGUGGACGACUUCGCCUGCCGGCCCGAAAUGCUCCCCAUCUCGCACUAUGUGGAGGCUGCGAUGGGCGAAAAUGCUUCGAUAACCUGUCGAGCUCGCGCCGUGCCCGCGGCCAGCAUUAAUUGGUACUGGAAUGGACGCUUGCUGGCCAAUAACAGCGCCUUCAGCGCCUACCAACGCGUCCACAUGUUCGAGGAACUGGGCGGCUUUGAGAAGCGCUCACGUCUCGUGCUCACCAAUGCGCAGGAAACCGACUCCAGCGAAUUCUACUGCGUCGCCGAGAAUCGUGCGGGCACGGCCGAGGCAAAUUUCACGUUGCACGUGAGCAUGCGGGCGGCGGGCAUGGCCUCCCUGGGCAGUGGCCAAAUAGUGGGCAUUAGUGCUGCACUGGUCGCCCUCAUAGUCUUCGCCCUCGCCGUGGCCAUGUGCCUGCUGUUGCGUGUCAAGCGCCAGCCCUAUGCGGACAGCAAGACGCCCAACCACAUGGAGGUCAUCACGUCGGUGAAUCACCAGAAUUCCAUCACGAACAAGACACAACCGGUUACGGGCAAUGGCAGUAUUGGAGGCGUCGUUAUUGCCAAUGGUGCUGUGGCCAAUUGCAUCGACGGAGCUGCCGGCACGCUCGAGCGCAAGGGCAGCGGGCGUGGCCUUGCUGUAGGUGGUGGCAGUGGUGGUAAUGGCGCCAGCCUUAACCUUAUGGAGCAGCGCAGUGCAAACCCUGUGCAGAAGCCGCCCAGACUCACGGAUCUGCCCUACUCCACCAAUAGCUAUGAGAAUGCUGGCAGUGUGCUGUCCACGGCCAGCUGCUUCAUCUCGCCUACGGCUUCGGCGGGCAACAAUCCGGAUCUGAUCAACGAUACGAAACGCUUUGGCAGCGACGAAUAUGUCGAUUUGAAGGUGCCUACCAUAUUGUCGGCCGAAUUGGUGGGUGUGGCGAAUGCUGCUGCCUCCAGUGGUGAAUACAGUCGGGCAAAUGGCUGCGAUUCGCUCUACCCAUCCGGCCUGUGGGAGCAUACGCCGGCAGGCGCCAGUUCCGCGGAUGAUCUAUUCCUCAAACGCUACACGGACAAGACGCCCAUCAUAGACUCCACACAGCUGUACGAUCUGCACGAGCGCUCCACGGACUACUUCAGCAAGACGUUUCCACGCACCCACUUCAAUGCAACUCUUCAGCAGGCGGGCGGCGCCGGAGGGACUGGACAGGCGCAGGCCAGCUGCUCCACUUCGGGCUCUCCCCGACCUAGUGGCGCACACUCGACCACCUCGACGGCUACCACCAAUCUAUCCGGAUCUUCAGGCUAUCCCAACGACUACGGCCUGCCGUUGGUGCCAGGCGCGGAGCACCAGCACAAUCAUCUCCUACAGAUGCAUCCGCUGCAGCAGCUUCAGCAGCAGCUCAACUCGACGCUUAAUCACAGCGGCAGCGGAGGAGGCAGCGGCGGCGGCAGCACGCACAGCAGCCCACACUUUAGCAGUCGCACCUUGCCACGACUUCACGAUGCGGGCGGCGGCGGCGGCGGUGGCAACUCAUCGGCCUCCUCAUCUCCACCGCCAGCACCUGCCAGCUCCUCCAGUUCCUGCUCCAUACUGCCCAACGGGCAGCCCAUCAAUGCGAAGACAAUACGCGUCUGGCAGAAAGGGGGCGUGCCGGUGCUGCCGCCCGUAACGGCUCUCAAACGCGCCCUCAUCAGCAGCAGCCGCAACUCUCCCGACGAGGGUUACCAGGAGGGUUGUGGCACCGAUGUCUAAACACCAGCCACCCGAUUCCUGCAGAAUGAACUGACUAAGCUUAACGACUAUAAAUUUUUUUUUUUUUUUCUCUCUCUCUGUAAAGUAGUAGCAUCGAGAUUCAAAGAUUUAUUACGAGUACCGGCUGGUUGCAUAUCGGGCGAGCGUGAGGAGAGUGAGGAGCGUGAAGAGCGCGCGAAGCGAGCGAAGAAUUGUUUGUGAUAGUGUCUGAUAAAAGAUAAAGCGAAUGAAGAUAAUAAAACUAAAUAGAAACUGCACUCAAGCAACUGCAAAUGAAACUGCAAAUGCAAAAUGUAAAAGUAACUAAAGUAUACUUCUAGGCCUAGACGACAAACCCUAGGCAUUAACCCUAAACAAAACACUACAACUAAAGGCUAAGCGCAAACUUAAACUAAACUUAACUAAACAUACAUUGUAAAUAACCAGACCGAGUAACAAAAAAGCUGAAAACAGAAGACAGACAACAUGCCUCCCCACUUUGAAAUGAAAACCCUCAACAACAAUAAUUGCAACAAAAACACAGCAGCAACUGCGACAACAACAACAUGAACAAGUAAAACUCCAAGUAAAUUACAAGUCUAGCCUCAUGUAUGUAAAUGUAGCUAAAUGUAAACCUAAAUGUUGCUCCAACCAUAUGUGUGUAUUUCUCCAAAUUGGUGUGUGUGCGAGGAUGCCUGUGCUGGUGUGUGUUUGCCUAACUCUUGUCAAAGGCACAAAUGGGCGAACCAAAUGGGCUGCCAAGAGGGAGGGGAGUGAAGCAAAUAAGCAAGUAUGUAAGUUACAGUCAGAUGGCAAAUUAACAAAAAUAUAAACUAUAGUCGUAUAUAUUUUUAAAAGCCCAGGCUACAGCAAGUUCUAACGAAAAGCACUGACUACUAAUACAAAGAAGCAGCGAUGAGAGAAUGGGAAUAAAAGAAAGAGCACAUUUAAUAAAAAAAAAGAAACAACAUUUGUAAAGAAAGUAAAAAAAAACUAUCCGUGUAAUUGUAUAUAGUAGUUAUGCCACAAGAUAGACAGAAAGCAAAUUACAGAUCCUAGGAUGAGUUCACACAGACAAGACUAGCGAUCCAAAUCUAUUAGGUGUCUUUCCGUUUCCAAAAUAAAUAAAUUGCAUUUUAAGAUUCUUCCUUCUCAGUAACUUGUAACGCCCUUAAACUGCCCAAUAUUUAUAAUUUAAACACAAACUGGCACAACAUUUCUUUUAUAGUUUGUUAUUUACUAAGCAAGUUUUAAUAUAUAGAUACGUAUAUAAG